UAGCUCCAAACAGGUUUGAUUCUUCUGGUUUGUUAGAUAGAGCUAGAUGUAGAACCAGAACUCAAACCCUCUAGUAUUUGGGGCCGCGUCGUAGUAACGUCAGUUGUAUAUGUUCAUCUUGUGAGCCAUUUUGGCCACACGACCCGGACGACGUGCUGUGUAGUUUUGACCAGCACGACAAGCGACCUGUGAAAAAUGCGGAAGAUUUUCUCCUCCCUUUCCUCCACCUUCGGGCCUGCACCGGACGGGGCGGGAGCUGAGCCUGGGCUGCCGGAAUUUUUGUCACAACAAGAAGAACCACCAUCAGGCGCGAAUGAUUCAAAUUCUCGUUCAAGGGCAGGAGCCAGCAUGUUACGUGGUAGUUCUUCCCAGCAAGCAAUAGAAACUCCGACGUCCACCUCGCGAGUACAACAAGAUCACCCGAGGAGCUACCAGCCCGCGCAACCUGCAACACCGACAUUUUCACCCCUCGGUAAAAACGAAAACGAUUACGCUAUAGAUCCUCCUUCCCCGACCUUCCCCUUCUCGUUCUCGCCCGAUGGUCCGACAGGGACAACAUCAAACUUCACCCCGUCGCCGUACAACAAGAGCAGUUUGAGUUUACUUCAAAAGCACAACCACGGUGGCACCUUUGCCGAAGAGUUACGCGCGAAGCUGUUCACGACUCCCGCCGGGCACGAGGAGUUGCAGCGGUCUCCGCCGUCGACCUCGUCUUCGAUUUUGGAGCAGAGCACCACUUAUCAAAUGCAAAUAUAAUGUCUGGGGCUGGAAGCGUACAGACAUUAGUGAUGCAGUUUUUGCCUAGCCCAGAUCGUCUGACAUGCAAGACGCAGCGUCACAGAAUCCGAGCAGGUAUCCCGAUGCCUAAUCUGCACGACGAAUGUCCUCUUUCUGUAACAGGAAGCGGGGCCAUGCAGGGCAGAUUUUGUCAUGAUGUAGAAUUUGCAUCACAAAUUCGAAUCCAUCCGGACCCAGACAUAUUUGCAAUGCAUACCACCGCCAUUGCGGUUUUACGAAGUCGGGACAACAGCUACCAGAUGGAAAUGGUAUCUUCUCCUUCGUUAUCAAAUGUAAAAAUGUCUGGGUCUGGAAGAUUGCAACUUGUCAUGCUGUUUUUGGACUCUAAAAAAAUUUGUAUUGCGUGACCAGCAAGAGGGGUAUUAUUCGUGCUACACGGACAGGGCAUUUCUCAUGCGGAAGGUGCAUCAGGAAGCCCUCUAAAAGUCUGCGAUGCUAAGUCAUGCAUUACAGGCAUCAUGGGCCAUGAGAAAUAUGCAUGACAAAUCACAUGCCUGCUGCGGCAGGCAGGUGAAUUCGUAGAACUGCUUCACAUGUUGAGUAACGCCCACCGGCCUCCUAGAUUAGUGAUGAAUUUAUAUGCUUUUUUUCAGCGUGGGGCCCAAUGAAAAAAAAAGAAAAAAAAAAUUAAAAUAUGCAUGACAAAUCUUGCAUCCUUCCAGACCCAGACAUUUUUGCAUUUGAUAUUCGUUAAGGGCAAGCAUGUUACAAAUGAGCAGAAGUGGCGAUACGGACUACAGCACAUCCAAAGGACUUCUAAAGGGAUCUACUGGACGAGGAGCAGGAGGAACCCACGGCAGUAGUAGCAAGCAUAAGGACCAAAGCCAGAGCGUCUAUGACGUCGCGCAGGGGCAGGUCUCAUCAUCUACUUCCCACGACAUCUUCCACGCGUUGUCUGCGACGAGUAGUGCUUGUUCCCCCGCCGCCCACAACAGAUUCUACCACCUGCACACACCGGAAAAAAAGAAGAAACACAGUAUAACCUGCUCAAACGUUACAAUCUCAAAGGUUACAAUAGAAUCUGGGAUUAGUCUUGCAUAUAUGAGCAUGACUAGCUCGCAGACCGCUCCACUUUCUGCAAUGUAUUUAAAUUUCCGCAGAUUUUUGUAGUGCGGUUUGGAACUGCGGAACUUGUCAUGCGCAGUCCUGUGAGACUUGGCUACAUCAUGCACCUCUUGCAUCACAGAUUUCUAGAUUCUAUUGUAACGCUUGAGAUUGUAACGUUUGAGCAGGUCAUGCACAGUAGUGGCCCCCGCUGCUCUACUACUACUUCCAACGCAAACCAGCAGAUCUUUUCCGCGGUGGUAAGCUCGCGCGCGAUCCCGAAACCCUUGGAAUUCGAUGACAUCAGCGGGUCGGAUCACACGUAUCGUUCCUCGAAGAAAUCUAUGCAUUGCAAAAGUAUCGUACUACGUAGUAAUUGCAUUACAAAUUGCCUCAGCAUGACAAAUGCAAAUGGAAUCUGUCAUGCUGUUUUACGUUGUACGCUGUUGAAGAUUUGUAAUGCAUAAUCGAAAUUACUACGAGAACGAUGCUUUUGCACUGGAUAAAAUCAAAAUCCUCUCUCUGGGAGUUGCAGUCCAGCUUCGGCGGCGGGCGGACCAAUAGCAGUAGUUUUACCAACAAGAAUUAUAACAUCGGCGACGAGGAGGGAGAUGUUGAAACAUAUGAGAUGAGCAAACUCGUCUCGCCGGAGCACAACAAAAGCAGCUCCUCCCAACAGGCGAUUUUUGCGGACGAGCUACGGGCGAAGUUACUUCUGUCUGCCCCGGUAUCAACUGCAAAAAUGUCUGGAUCUGGAAGAGUCGGGGUUUGUCAUGCACAUUUUGCAUGACCCGUGAGAUGGAGAUCUGUGACGCAGGUCCUAGCAUCACAGAUUUUUGAGGGAUUCUUGAUGCUUAUCACGCAUGAGAAACGCCCUCUACUCCGCAUGCCAAGAACUGGACUCCUCUUGCUGCUCACGCAACACAGAUAGUUUUAGAAUCCCCAGACAGCAUUACAAGUUCCACCCUUCCAGACCCAGACAUAUUUGCAUUUGAUACCCGGAAGCCUU